UUCAAUCAAUUCCUUCAAUAAGUCUGAUAAAUAUUAUCCAAAUUCCACCUGUAUUAGAAGAUUAUUCCAAAUUUCCCUAGUCUUAUCUUACCACAAAAUCGAACAGUAUAAAGAUUCAAGUUCUAUAAAUUGGAAGCAAAAUAAAAUGUCGUCGACUCAUAUUUUCAAUGUAGAAAUGACUUGCGAAGGCUGCUCUGGGGCAGUGGAGAGAGUCCUCAGCAGGCUCAAGGGCCAAGGGGUAGACGCAGUGGACAUUAGCUUACCAGAACAGAAGGUUUCUGUAACCUCAACCCUUAGUGCAGAUCAGCUACUAGAAGUCAUUAAAAAAACUGGCAAAAAUACUACAUAUGUUGGAACACAGUAACUACAAAUAAUCAGAAGCGUAAAACACGACUGCCUGGAUAAGUUAUUUGUUAAACCAGGG